GCAGUAUGGCUGUUAGAACAUUUUGCAAUCUAUUUGGGUACUAGUGGCAUUUUGGUAAUUUUGAGUUCCCUUGUCGUGAAAUGUGGGAAAAGGUUGCUGAGGAACAGAGUUUCAGCGCAACAAGCAAGAGAGAGAAAGAAGGUGUACCUAACUGAGUUGGAGGCAAGGGUUGAAGACUUGGAGAAGAAGAAUUCUGAGCUUGAAGAGAGGCUGUCCACUUCGCAAAAUGAGAACCAGAUGCUUAGACUU